AUGAAUCUAGAUACAGAAACUCUGCGUCAAGUAUUUGACGCUCUUGAUAAUGGACAUAAUGGUUAUAUUACUGUUGAACAAUUCACAAGUGCUCUCGAAAACUUUUAUACUUCAAUGUCACAAGAACAAGACGAAGGUCCUACUAAUCCCAAAUUGGACAGAAGGAACUCAAUGUCCGUUGAUAAUAUUGUAAAUGCUCUGGAUCCAGAAAAAGAUGGAAUAAUAUCGUUUGACGAUUUUAAAUCGGCUUUUCAGAAUUUCUUCAAUUGCCAAGAUCGAAAUGAACUAAAAGGCAAAAGUAUGACAGUUAAUCUUCAUGGUCGUCGAGUAUCAAUUACGCCAGAUGAUUACGUAAUGCAAAAUUUGGAAAAUGAUCCUGAUUUGAAAACUGAGGAUAGUGGAUUUUUGGAAACUGGCCCAAUGAAUUAUGCACCAUCUCGUCCAUCAACACUUCUCAUCAAGAAUUCGAAUGCCUCCUUCCAAGAAAACACUGUUGGGUCUCCUUUCAGUGGAUCUCGGUCCGAUUUGAUGUAUGAUGACGUUGACAAUAACAUCGAACAGUUGAGAAAUCAAAUGCGACAAAUGGAGGCCAAGAUGGAGUCAAUGAGUUCCGGCAACGGUUCAGACAAUUUGUCAGGUCGUCUUCGAGAGGAAAAUGCUCGGCUAAGCGCUUCUGUGGCGGUUCUUGAAGAGCGGCUCAAGGAAACUGAAGCACGCUACCAACGUGACCUUGAAAGUGAAAGAACACAUCUAGAGGCUCUAAUGGCUCGUUCAAAACGUACCUACGAGAUGGAGACAGAAAAUUUACGAGCGCGUUGCCAAAGGCUUGAGAGCGAAUUAUCCGAAGCCACCAUAAACUUGGGAAAAUCGAGAGUUGAACUCGACAGUGCUAGGGUGGAGGGCAAAAGGACAAAUGAAGCGCUACUAGACGCCCAGGACAAAAUAAAUUCCCUUAUGGAACAGUUAAAUAAUCGUUCAGACGCUGAAUCCCGGGAACUAGAGAAGGCGAUUGCUGAUCGGGAUAACGCUCUAAAUGCUCUCAAAGAAGUGAAUUUCGCAGUAGGAAGUGGACCUCGACUAUCCCUUGGAUCGGACACCGUUGCUAGGUUAGAGGAGAUGCAACAACUGAUUUACAGGUUGAAAGAAGAGAACAAGACUCUAACCAAAAAACUCCAAGACGCACAAGAGGAGUCGUGGUUCAAGAAUCUUAAAGAAGGUCACAACUACCUAACAGAGACUGAUCAAACAGUCGAACAGGAGUUGGAUAACCUUACUAAAGAAGAAGUAAGCCAAUUUCACUUUCCUGUCAUUAGUGAUUCAUCUCAAUCGUCUUCACUAUUUCAGUUGAGCUCAUCUGAAUGCAGACGUUCUUUCGUUUGUAUUGUUGCUAUUAUUCUUCCAGAAUCAUUAAGAUUCGAGCUAAUACCUAUGCGUAACCAGCAGACAAUUCUCAUCUUGGUAUCGUCUCAGAGUCCCCGUUCUGUCCCAAGUCUUGUUACGAUUCCUGCAGAGGUUUCGGACCUUCUAGUACAGGAAAAACACGCCAAUAACCAAUUGCGCGCUUACUUGAACACUGUCCUCGAGAAGGUUAUGAAUUAUCAUCCCGAAAUUCUUGAAUCCAAGUAG